GAUCAGCGAUCCGUUAAUAAAAAUUAUACCACCAUAUCGACAUCGGGCAGAAUCAUCGUGUUCGUCUGGAAGUGGGGGUGGUGGUAAUGGCGGUGGUGUCCAACGCGCAGUAACUCCAAAAUUAGCUGUUGGGAAUAUCUGCAGUGGUGAUAACAGCGGUCAAACUUCUUCUACAAGCUCACCUCACUUUAGCACAUCCGAAUUGCUGCAGAACACGACACCGGCAAUCAGUAGUAGUUAUGUCGGUGUCAAAUUAGGAGCAACCACGUCAUCCAGUGGGACUACAACAUCAUUUUCGUCGGGUUUACGAACUGAGGGACCUGCAAUGCUUGCAGACCCUUUAUACCGGACUUCAUUGCCACCACCAACAGUUGACAGAGCUAUGUUAAAUGCUGCAAUGUCUCAGUCACUAACAGUCCAUUCAAUGCGUGAUGAUGCUUGCAGUCCACCGAUGUCAAGUGGCAGAUCUUCAACAGCUCACAGUACGCCUCCGCCUGUUACUGCAUCAGUUUCACUAAAGAAAGAUCAAUCAGUCUACGAAUUACCAAGUUCUUCAAACGCAACUGUUCCUUUGCCCACCAACGUUGCACUUUUCGGUGUAUCUGCACAAAAAAGCGAGGUAUUAUCAACCGGCGUAGCAGAAGACUUGAACAAUGGUAGUUUAAUAUCUCAGUUGGAAAUCAAGCUACAAUCUCGUACGAAUUAUGUCCCUACGGACAAUGGUUCAAUUGCAAGUGUUGGAAGUAAAAAUGCAAAAAGAAAAGCAGCUGAUGGUACGGAGAAACCGAAACGCCCGCGUAAUAACAAAGCAUGUAAAUCCAUGAAAGCAUUGCUUGAAUCGGUUGGGCCUUUAAUCUCGGAAACAGUUUCCGAUUUUCAACGGGAGCGAUUAAAUGAGCGUGAUAGUAGUAUGACAACUGUUACAACAGCUCAUUCAAGGGCUCCUUCAACCUCCGGAGAACAUGAAAUGACAACUUGCACAGUUUCGGCAGGGACUUCAGCGGCUCAGUGUACUGUAGUGACGUGUUCUUUGGCAUCAGCGCAGCAACAACAACCGUCAACAUCAACAGUAACAACAGCAUCAACGUUUGUUGGUGUACCACUUAUAAGAGCACAACCAAAAGCUGUAGUAAGCCCGGAUAAUGGUGCGGCGGUUGUAGCGGUAGAUCGGACUCACGUAACGUCGUCACUCCCAUCAACGUCUGGUGCAGCUGCCGCUACAUCUCUUUGUCCCGUUUCACAACAACCCGUAGCUUUUCCACAAUCGAUGGAAGAAUUGUUGGAACGGCAGUGGGAGCAGGGAUCACACUUUUUGAUGAGUCAUGCACCAUUUGAUAUUGCGCAACUUCUGUCAUGUUUGCAUGAGUUAAAAAUGGAAAAUGUUCGUUUGGAAGAAACACUGUCACAGCUUGCUAGGCGGCGAGAUCAUUUGCUUGCAUUAAAUACCAGGUUAUCACUAUCUCUCGCAAGCGGCUCUUCACUGGGUCUUGGUAUCAGUCCGCAUCAUUCGCCACGGAUGAGUGCAGCAGGUAGUACUGGCAAUAUUCCAUUGGCAUCAACCAGCAGUAUGCAGUCGAAUAGCGGCAUCUCAUCAACACAGUGUACAACACAACCUACCUCCUCUGCUUCCAUUUCAAGUCUCCCAUCGAUUGUACCUCUGCCACCGACAACAAUGUGUGGACAACAGCAGCAGCAACAUCAUCAUCAUCAGCAACAGCAGCAGCAGACCCUUCAAACAGCUGCUAGUUCUGCGGUCAUCUCUUUUCUAAACCCGUUUUGUCCAACCCUUCCACCUAUUAUCGACGAUUCGCUGAGUCAGCUACGUUCACUUGCAAGUAACGGAUCGGUGAUUACAAAUCGAACUGGUCAUACACCACAAGCUGCUGUAGCUGCUGCUGCGGCUGCUGCUGCGGUUGCUACCGCCGGACAGUUGGCUGGUACCACUGGUGGCACUGAAAGCCGACAAACACCGGUAGCUAGCACUACCUCUGGUACUACAUCAGUGCAACAAACUUCACUUCCUUCCAGUCGAAUUCCAUCGGCAGCGUCAGCGAACGCGGGGUUAGGUGCACCGUUGUUGGCGAAUUUCACUAACACACAGCUUGCAACAAGUAUGCCAUCGACAGCCUCUGUAACAAAUGCACUGGAUUUGUUUAGUGGAUCACAGAAUAAUUCCCAUUUAACACUAACUUCCGAACGGCAACAAAUGGCUGCAGCAGCAAUUGCAGCUGCUGCAGCUGCGAAUGCUUUAGGUGGAAAUUUUGUUGCUCCUCGGACACCAACUCAUUCGAGUACAACCGUUUCCGGAACAUCUGCUAUAGGACAGCUCGCUUCAACGGUACAUUCUUUCAUGGAUAUGUUGUUGAUGACAGCUAAAAAGAGGAGUUAUUAGCGCAAUACGCAUUGCUGGCUCAGCAGCAGUUACUCCAUCAGCAAGCAGCGGUGGCAGCUUUAAGCGCCAGGUACGGAAACCAGGUGUUAUCGAGCAGUUCAACUUCACCUCAUUCCACGUCGUCAAAUUCGCAACUUUCAUCAAAUCCUCAUCCGGGGAAAUAGUAGGUGUUCCGGAACUUGUUCUGGCAAGGUUUUCUUAAUUAGGCUUUUUAAAAUUGAGUUUCAAAAAUGCCAUCCGCAUUUCUUCUUUCCC